AUCAAACAAAUGAAACAGCUGUAUUAGCAUAUUUUUUUGAAGUAGCGGAUAAUGAAAAUGCACAAUGGGCAAACUAUGUUUUAUAUGUAAGUGAUUUAAAAGAAGUAAAUCAAACCAAAACAUAUGGAACAAACAUUCAACAAUUAAUGGAUGGCGAUCAACGUGAAUUCUUGCGUUAUACGGGUAGUUUAACAACACCACCAUGCACCCAAGGUGUUAUAUGGACGAUAUUCUCAAGUUCAAUUGAUCUUACAGCUGCCAGUUUUCAGCUACUUAGACAAAAUGUGUUUAAAAAAUGUUUUCGUCCACAACAACUUCUUCACAAACGGUUGGUACAUAGAAAUUAUGUGGUUAAUUUUUAGAAAGAUAAAAAUGGUUAUCUAUCGCUUAUAGACACUUUCAUAAGAUGAAACACCGACAGAAACAACUGAAGAAAUAACCCGCUCACUGUAAAAGCGCCUUUUACUGGAAAAACUCAAAGCAAUUGCCGCACCAAUUUUCCACAUAAAUGUUUCUUUGACUUUGACUUGUUUUAUUGACGAUUAAACUGAGCACCAUCGACGGUGCCUCCCCACUUUCAAGAGAAAACAAUAAAUUUUACAUUAUAUUUACCUCUUACCUCCCUCAGACUAAUAUGAAGAACGAAGACAUAUAUCUUACGUUUUUUUCUUUUUUUCUGUCCCAUCUGUAGCUGGAAAAGACCAACAUCUUGUUUUCAAUACAUCUUCAGAAAAAGUACAUUUGUAAUAAACGAGAAGCUGAGAGAAGACA